CCAGAUUGUACUUGCUGUAGCACGACUCCUGAGAUCUAUUACCAUGUGCUGCCUGUCCCAAGGUAGCAGAAGAAAGGAACUUUUAUUGGCUCACCAUGGCGUCUCGCCGUAAAAUCCAAUACGAUGACUAUAGAGUUGCAGUGCAGCAGAUUAUUCUAUCCUCCUCCGAUACCGACUACCUCGACCACUUAAUUCCUGCUCUCAAAGAUGCUACCAUUUCCCAUCGAACGCCUGCGCUUAUGCAGAGCUUGUCCCACUAUGCUGACGAGCGGGAGGCGGACAUUGAGCGAAUUGGCCUGACGAGACACGAAGAGUUCCUUCAGUCAAUCACUCAGCUCCAAGAAGUGCGAGAAGGAACUGUUGCUCUGACGGCGGAAAUCUUGAAGCUCAAUCAGUCGAUCCAAGCAAGUACGGAAAAGCUGGCGGCACAGAAGGGAGCGCUGGUUGAUACGAAAGCUGUUCGUCAGAACAUCGCCGAGGCUUCGGAAGCCUUGAAGGAUUCGUUGAAGAUCUUGCACGCAGUCAAUCAGGCUCACGAGCUGAUUCGGAAAAAGAAGUACUAUGGGGCGUUAAAAGCGCUAGACGAUCUCCAAAACGAACAUCUAAUACCAAUAAUCCAGAACAAAUACGCGACUCAGCACAAGCUGGCAGAUAUUAUACAAAAGUCGAUACCUGCAUCGCAGAAAGCCAUUUCCGAAGCUGUUAUGACCGACUUAAAUACCUGGCUUUAUCGCAUAAGAGAGACAUCCCAAUUUCUAGGCGAAGUUGCCUUCUACCACACGGAAAUGAGACGGACUAGGCAAAAGGAGCGGAUGGAAUCGAAUCCAUAUCUACGGCACUUCAAGCUCAACUCAGCCAUUGAACUGGUGUUUGACGAAAGUGAGGAAUUCGAUGCUCUUGAUAAUGAUGAGCUCCAGGUCGACUUCACGCCACUUUUUGAGUGCUUGCAUAUCCAUGAAGCACUGGGUCAGAGUGAUAAAUUCCGAUCAGAUUACGCUGCAACUCGGAGGCAGCAGAAAGAACUGCUCCUUACGAGCUCUGUAGAUCUGCUUGACGAGGAUAGUGAUUCAAGUCUGAGCAGUCUGCUUGAGGGGAUUGCCGGCUUCGCCAUCAUAGAGAAGGCUACAAUGAGGAAGGCCCCCAGCCUUCGCUCACCUGUUGAUGUCGACGAGCUCUGGAACUCGAUGUGCCAUACUGCUAUCAGCCUUAUCUCCAAGGCUUUGGAUGCGGUUGACAAUGCAGAGGUUUUACUGAAAAUUAAGGGAGUGAUUGCUUUGUUUAUACAGACUAUGGAUGGUUGGGGCUACUCAGUGUCUGUUAUGGAUAACUUCUUGCUCGUACUUUUCGAGAAGUAUGCCGAGUUAUUGAAGAGAAGAUUCAGCGAUGACUUUCAAGAGAUCGUCUCGACCGAUGAUUACAUGCCAAUGCCCAUUAGUAAUCUCGACGAGUACGACAAAGUUGUCAACGUUAGUUGGUUCACACCGGACAAGCCAAGAGAAGAUCUCACAUUCCCGUGUGUGCUGCCAUUCUCCCAGAUGUAUCCUCUUUGCUGCAUCGAUAUCAGGAAUUUCCUAAACCAAUUCUACUUUUUCUCUGACGAUCACUUUCAACACCCUAAUGUAAUCGAUGAGACACUCAAAAAGUCACUGGAUGAACUUCUUUCAGAGAAAGUCUGCAAAUCUCUGGUUGAAAGGUUGAGCUCCCAGUAUCUCGGCCAGAUCGUCCAAAUCCUCAUCAACUUCGAGCACUUUGAAACCGCCUGUACUGAGCUGGAGCAGCUCUUAGUGGCAGCUCGCUCAUCCACCUCCGCUGGCGGACCCAUCGUCUUGAAUGCCACGGAAGAAUUCAGGAGCAACAAGAAGACAGCUGAGAAACGCAUUUUCGAAUUGGUGAACUCGAAAAUCGAUGACUUGGUAGAGACGGCAGAGUACGAUUGGAUGGCUCCAACACUGGAGACGGAACCAAGUAACUACAUGCAAACUCUGACACGAUACUUGUCAAAUAUCAUGAACUCCACAUUACUUGGACUGCCACGAGAAAUCAAAGAAUUGAUUUACUUUGACGCACUCUCUCAUGCGGCAAACAUGAUUUUGGCACUCCCGCUUUCACCCGAAGUGAAAAAGAUCAACCCGAACGGUGUCGCAGCCCUCGCAAAAGACGUUGAUUACCUUGCCGAAUUCGUCGACAGUCUCGAGAAUGCUGAGAUCCUGAAAGAGAAUUUAGAUGAACUUCAACAAACAGUGCAGCUUAUGCAGUCAGAGAAUCCGGAUGAGUUUUAUGACACCACAAUCAGGAACAAGAAGUUUGGAAGAGUCGAUGCCUUGAACGGCCCAAAGAUACUUGAAAAGCUUACGUAUUCUGUCAUGAACCCUACGAGGACUGAACGACUUGCCAACUUUUCGUCCAGAUUUGGAAUGAGAUAAUGGACAGAUAGCACGGGAGACUUUCACACGCAUUUCAGAAUAUGGGAAUGAAAGAACAAUGCUAUCUGGAGUCAUUACAUUCAACCGUUUCAAGUGAAGCGGCCACACAAUCUGGGUACUGUUUUCCACAUAACUCCAUACCUACUCAAACCCUAAUAUCUCCUCAAGAUGGCAUCAGCUCCAGGAGAUGAUAUUCUCCUCUUCCGGCCUGCUUAGCCGACUUCGUAAUCCCUCUCGCCUU